UUGCCGUGUCUUUUUCUUCCACCGCUCUCUGAAACCCUAAGGUGGGCUUCACUCUAGCGUCCUCGUUUCAAUGGCAGCCGCCGCCGCCGUCCGCCCUCUCGUCACUGUCCAGGCCCUCGAGGGCGACAUGACCACCGACUCUCCUGCUUCCGUUCCCCUCCCCGACGUUCUCAAGGCUCCGAUCCGGCCGGACGUCGUCCGCUUUGUCCAUGCCAACCUCUCCAAGAACAGCCGCCAGCCCUACGCCGUCUCCAAGCGCGCUGGCCACCAGACCUCUGCCGAGUCCUGGGGCACUGGUCGCGCCGUCUCUCGUAUCCCUCGCGUCCCUGGCGGUGGUACCCACCGCGCCGGCCAGGGUGCCUUCGGCAACAUGUGCCGUGGCGGCCGCAUGUUCGCCCCCACCAAGACCUGGCGCCGCUGGCAUCGCCGCGUCAACAUCAACUUGCGCCGCUAUGCCGUCGCCUCCGCUCUCGCCGCCUCGGCCGUCCCCUCUCUCGUCCUCGCUCGCGGCCACCGCAUUGAGUCUGUCCCGGAGCUUCCUCUUGUGGUGUCUGACUCCGUUGAGGGCGUAGAGAAGACUGCAGCCGCCAUUAAGAUCCUCAGGCAGGUCGGCGCCUUCCCUGAUGCUGAAAAGGCCAAGGACAGCCAGGGCAUCCGCCCGGGUAAGGGUAAAAUGCGCAAUCGCCGCUACAUCUCGCGCAAGGGGCCCCUGAUCGUCUAUAGCACCGAGGGUUCUAAGAUUGUCAAAGCUUUCCGCAAUAUUCCUGGAGUCGACGUUGCCAACGUUGACCGCCUAAACCUUCUGAAGCUGGCUCCGGGAGGCCACAUCGGCAGGUUCAUCAUCUGGACCAAAUCAGCCUUCGAGAAGCUGGACUCAGUGUUCGGAAGCUUUGAUAAACCAUCUGAGAAGAAGAAGGGCUAUGUGCUGCCGUGGCCAAAAAUGGUCAAUGCUGAUCUGUCGAGGAUCAUCAACUCCGACGAGGUGCAGUCGGUGGUGCGGCCUAUCAAGAAGGAGGUGAAGAGGCACACAUUAAAGAAGAACCCUCUGAAGAAUCUCUACACACUGCUGAAGCUGAAUCCCUAUGCCAAGACCGCCAGGAGGAUGGCUCUGCUUGCUGAGGCACAACGUGUCAAGGCCAAGAAGGAGAAGCUUGACAAGAAGAGGACCGAGCUUAAGAAGGAAGAAGCUACUGCAAUUAAGGCUGCUGGUCGGGCAUGGUAUAAGACUAUGGUCUCAGAUAGUGAUUACGCAGAGUUUGAGAACUUCUCCAAGUGGCUAGGCGUGACUCAGUAGAGAGCUUCGAGUUAUCGGCAUCAGAUUAUGGUUUUUCUUUCUUUUAUCAACUUGGUUAGGACUUAUGUGUAAGAACGCCUGCUGGUGGACGUGCUUGUUGGAUCAUACAUAUUGAACUAAUUCUACUUUGCUUGCUUGGCAAAAAACAAAAAAAGACUUAGUUUUUACAACUUAUGAACUUUAUAUUGAACGUACGGAUUGUGAGUUAUCAUUCA